ACUGCAGCUCGUGCAGGAAGCAGAGUGUGUGUGUGUGUGUGUGUGUGUGUUUGUGUUGUUGUUGUUUUUAAAGUUGUUUGUUUAUCUGACGCGUGAGGUGCACGUGCAGUGUUUGUGUGGCGGACAUGCGCAGUGGGAGACAUGCUGUGCAGCAGUGUGCGCGUGCGUGUGUGUGUGUUCGCGCUCGUGCUGAAUGUCGGACUCGGAGCUGCACGUGAGGUCACAGCUGAUGUGAGCAGGCCGGUGGGUCAGCUGAGACACUUCUGGAGGAGCUCGGGCUUCUGCCCCCCGCUCCCUCACACUGAGGCCCAGAACUUCGACCUGAGCCUGGACCAGCAGCUCAACAUGGCCCACGUGGGCUCGGUGCCCCACGGAGGGAUCCAGCAGGUCCGGAUACACUGGAUGAUGGAGCUGGUCACUGCACAAGAUGUUGGAGGACGACCUCAGUACAACUUCACCAAACUGGACCAGCUGAUCGACCUGUUGAGGAUUAACGGACUCCGACCAGGUUUUGAGCUGAUGGGCAGCGUCUCGAACUAUUUCACGGACUUCGAGGACAAGUCUCAGGUGAUCGAGUGGAGAAAUCUGGUUUAUCUCAUCGCCAAGCGGUACAUCGACCGGUUUGGUCUGGGAACUGUUUCUCAGUGGAACUUUGAAACCUGGAACGAACCCAACAACCACGACUUUGACAACGUCACCGUGUCCAUUCAGGGGUUUCUAAACUACUAUGACGCCUGUUCAGAGGGUCUUCGCGCCGCCAGUAGUCUCCUGAGGUUUGGAGGUCCAGGAGACUCCUGUCACUCCGCCCCACGCUCACCGUACUGCUGGGCCAUGCUGCAGCACUGCUACGACGGCACCAACUACUUCACCGGAGAGACGGGGGUCCGGCUCGACUACAUCGCCCUGCACAAGAAGGGAGGUGGAUCGUCUUUGCCCAUCCUCCAGCAGGAGAUCCAGACCGUGAAGGAGAUCCAGGAGCGUUUCCCUCGGUUCCGCAGCCUCCCGGUGUACAACGACGAGGCCGAUCCACUCGUGGGCUGGUCCAGGCCUCAGGAGUGGAGGGCUGAUGUGACCUACGCUGCGAUGGUGGUGAAGGUCAUAAACCAGCACCAGGAUCUGCUGCUGGCAGACCCGAACAGCACCAUCAACUACACCCUGCUGAGCAACGACAACGCCUUCCUCAGCUACCACCCUCACCAGUUCACCCAGCGCACCCUGACCGCCCGCUUCCAGGUCAACAACACCCAGCCGCCUCACGUGCAGCUGAUCAGGAAGCCGGUCCUCACGGUCAUGGGCCUGCUGGCUCUGCUAGGAGAGACCCAGGUCCUGGCUCAGGUUGUGGACUCCAACAGCAGCAGCACGGUGGGAGUCCUCGCCAGCAGCCACGAGCCCGUCACACCGGGCGGCUCAGACAGCUGGCAGGCAGCGGUUCUGAUCUACAACAGUGAUGACAACCGGACCUCCACCAGCACUGAUGAUGUUCACAUCUCACUGAAAGGAUUGGCGGCACACAAGGGUCUGGUGUAUGUCACGUUUUACAUCGACAACAACGUGACGAACCCGUACGAGCUGUGGCGGAGCAUGGGCAGCCCAGACUACCCGACAGCACAACAUUUCAGACGCCUCCGGAGUGUCCAGGACCCCCGUGUUGACGGACCCCGGGACGUUCCUGCAGGGGACACGCUGACUCUGAAAGCCCGACUCUCCGUGCCCUCCGUCCUCCUCGUCCAUGUUUGUGCUCGGCCCAAAGCCGUGCCAGACCAGGUCAACGGAUUACGGUUCAUCGGGAUCACCAAAGGCCAAGUCCUGAUUAUCUGGUCAGACCACUGUGUUGAUUCCAAAUGCAUUAAGACGUUUGAGGUGGAGUUCUCCACAGACCAGAAGGAGUUCAGCAGAAUCAACGCUCAGGACACCAUCUUUACUUCUCAUGUUUAUUCACCUGUGGACCAGGAGGUCGGCGGGCUGUACAGAGUUCGGGCUGUGGACUACUGGGCAAGGCCUGGGUCCUACUCGCUGCCAGAGAGGUACUCAGAGGAACGCUAGGCCGGAUUCAAGACAACUGGAUCAUUUCAUUUUGUUCUCAAACACUUCGGAUCAGGCUUGGCAGAAACUGAUCAUACAAGUUUAAUGGAAUCAUUUCUAUUUUUUAUACUCGACAUGUUUCAGAUCUUUCUCGGAUGUUUUAUGUUUGUGUAAAAAAGUAAAAGUUGUAUCAACAACAAA